UGCCUAUCUGUCAGCUCCAGUGUGUUAUCGCGAAUGUGAUUGAGCGUGGAAGGAAAAAAAAAACACAUGUAUGAUUUUACAAACUGAGAUUUUCAAAUGAUUUACCGCGGACUUGGACUAAAACCUUUACAUCUCAACUUGUGCUUUGGACCCACGAGAAAAUACGGCAAGCUGCAAGUUCUGGAUAGAACCAAAAGGCAAGGAAAAGGUCGGGAAGUUACGGAUCUUUGUUGUCCGGACAAGAGAGGGGGCCCGAUUUCAGAGCAGCCAGUCUCGGGUGAAGUUAGCGAGCAAUCGGUACCAAGGAAGCCAGCAUCGUAAACCAGUUAGGAAGAGGAUAGUCCAGUUUUCGACAGUGUGUGAGGGUACAGAUGUAAGGAAGGCAGGAUGGGUACCCAGGGCAGCCCGGUGAAGAGUUAUGACUACCUGUUGAAGUUCCUCUUGGUCGGGGACAGCGAUGUGGGGAAAGGGGAGAUACUAGACAGCCUACAGGAUGGAUCGGCAGAGUCUCCGUACGCGUACAGCAGUGGCAUCGACUACAAGACCACCACUAUUCUGCUGGAUGGGAGGAGAGUGAAACUGGAGCUGUGGGACACGUCAGGACAGGGGAGGUUCUGCACCAUCUUCAGGUCCUACUCCAGAGGGGCUCAGGGGAUCCUGCUGGUGUAUGACAUCGCAAACCGCUGGUCGUUUGAAGGCAUCGACCGCUGGAUACGAGAGAUUGACGAGCAUGCCCCGGGUGUACCUCGUAUCCUGGUAGGCAACCGGCUCCACCUGGCGUUCAAGCGUCAGGUUCCUACGGAGCAGGCCCGGGCGUACGCGGAGAAGAACGGCAUGACCUUCUUUGAGGUCAGCCCGCUCUGCAACUUCAACGUCAUCGAGUCGUUCACAGAGCUGUCUCGCAUCGUACUGAUGAGGCACGGCAUGGAGAAGUUCUGGAAGCCCAACAGAGUCUUCACUCUCCAGGACCUGUGCUGCAGAGCGAUUGUCUCCUGCACGCCCGUCCACCUGAUCGACAAGCUGCCGUUGCCCGUGGCGAUAAAGUCCCACCUCAAGUCCUUCUCUAUGGCCAAUGGGAUGAACGCAGUGAUGAUGCACGGACGUUCCUAUUCGCUGGCCAACGCGUCGGGCGGGUCUAAAGGGAACAGUCUGAAGCGUUCUAAAUCUAUCAAACCCCCCCAGAGCCCCCCACAGAACUGCACACGCAACAACUGUAAAAUCUCCUAGUGAUAGACCCUGUCUGGGGGAGGGGGUAGACUGACACCCUAAACACACUGAAACAGACCCUGUCCCUUCCACUGAGGGGAGGAUGUGUAGAGCCUGUGGGGAGAACCAAGUCUGAGACCUAACCUACACCCUGAAGGGAGGAGAUACCCUGAAACAGACCUAGCCCUUACCCCAUACCCUAACCUUGGGGGAGGAGAAACCCUGGGUGAGGAGGGUGAUGAAACCUAGUGUAGGAGGAGGAGGAGGGAGGUGUGUGUGCACAGACUUGAGGAGACCCGACCAGACAUUUCUGGUCAACCCUCGUCCAUAGGAGGGGUUGUGCUGGAGUUGUAAUACACCCAGAAUACAUCCACAUCCAGAAUACACCCAGAAUACAUCCAUCCACACCCAGAAUACACCCAGACUACAACCAGAAUACAUCCACACAACCCUACUGAGUUCUAGUGUUUUCCCCUCUCUUCUUCCCUCCCUUUCUCUCUCUGUUGAUCAGAGUGUUGCCUCCUGCUGUCCCAUGAUUCAUAUGUUAAAUAAUAGAUGUUCUCUUCAUGGAUCUCUGCCUGCUCUCCUUCUCUCCUUCCUUCCUCUCUCUCCAUCUCUCUCACUCUGCCUGC